AUGGAUGACCAGGAUCUGUCCACCUCCGUCGGCUCACUCACUCACCCUCCCGAAAACCCUUCUUCCUCUUCUUCCUCUGCACCACCCUCCAACGGCAAGAAGAAGUCGUCGCGGAGACGCGGCGACUCGGCGUCACAAAAGCGACGCUGUGUAUCCACAGCCUGCAUCGCCUGCCGCCGGAGGAAAUCAAAAUGCAAUGGCGCCAUGCCCAGCUGCGCCGCCUGCACCAGCGUCUACGGCACCGAGUGCGUCUAUGAUCCGAACUCGGACCACCGCCGGAAGGGCGUCUACCGGGAAAAGAUUGACAGUAUGAAGGCCCGGAACUCGACCCUGCAGAUCCUCAUCGAGGCCAUUCUCAACGCCAACGAAGACGAGGUCCCUGACAUCGUCAAGAGGAUCCGCACCUGUGACAGUCUCGACACCGUCGCUGAGCAGAUCCUCAAGCAUGAGACCAUGCUCCAGGAGGCCGACGACAACGACAAUGGCGACGACGACUACACCGACGACAUGCCUAUUGAGGGCGAGAGGGAGCUCGCCCGCAAAAUGGGCGAAUUGCGCCUCGAGAACGGCUCAGUACGCUUCAUUGGCGGCACCUCGCACCUCAUCUACCUCGGCGACCCCGCCGACGCCGACAUCAACGAGCCAGAGUCGGACGCCAACCUCGCCGACGAGGACCCCAUCACCAGUUGGACCCGCGUCACCGAUGACAAGGAGCUCAUCGCUCACCUCAUGAACAUGUACUUCAACUGGCACUACACCUAUUUUACCACACUAUCCAAGACGCUAUUCUACCGCGACUUCUUGGGAGGGAAGCACAACUUGCAACACAGGCGCACCAUAUACUGCUCGUCGCUACUCGUCAACGCCAUGCUGGCACUCGGAUGUCACUUCACGAGCGUGCCUGGGGCCUUCGGCACCCCUGGCGACAGUCGGACCAAGGGCGACCAUUUCUUCGCCGAGGCGAAGCGCCUCAUCGUCGAAAACGACGAGUACGAGCGACCCCGUCUCACCACAGUCCAGGCCCUCGCCCUCAUGUCCGUCCGCGAGGCCGGCUGCGGCCGUGAGGCCAAGGGCUGGGUGUACUCGGGCAUGGCCUUCCGCAUGGCCCAGGACAUUGGUCUCAACUUUGACGACGGGGGUAUGUCCCCGGACAAGGAGAACCUCGGCGAGCACGCCGUCGACGCGAGGCGCGUGACCUUUUGGGGCUGCUUCCUCUUCGAUAAGGCAUGGUCCAAUUAUCUCGGUAGGCUGCCGCAGAUACCCAAGAACUCGUACAACGUGCCAAAGUACGAUGUCUUCCCCGGCGAGGAUGCCGAGCUGUGGGCGCCGUACACAGACGCGGGCUUCGACCAGACAUCAAAACAGCCGUCGAGGACGCGCGCCAUCGGGCUGCAGCUGUCCAAGCUAUGCGAGAUCAGUAGUGACCUGCUAUUGUUUUUCUACCAUCCAAAUCACAUCGGACGCUCAAGCGGCAAGUCCGUCGAGCUGAAGAAGCUCAGCGAGCUGCACAGGAGACUGGAGGAUUGGCGAAAGGAGCUACCAAAGGAGCUGGAACCAAAGGAUGGCCAACUGCCCAAUGUGAUCCUCGUACACAUGUUCUUCCAUCUUCAAUACAUCCACCUCUUCCGCCCCUUCCUGAAAUACACCCCUGCCGCAUCCCCACUCCCCUCACAUGUCUCGCCUCGACGCAUCUGCACCGCCAACGCGGGCGCCAUUUCCAAGCUGAUGCGCCUCUACAAGAAGACGUGGAACCUGCGGCAGAUCUGCAACAUCGCCGUCUACAUGAUCCACAGCGCCUGCACCAUUCACAUGCUCAACCUGCCCGAGAAGACGGCCAAGCGCGACAUCAUCCACGGCGUGAAGCACCUCGAGGAGAUCGCCGAGGACUGGCUCUGCGCACGCCGCACGCUGAGCAUCAUCAGCGUCCUCGCGCGGAAGUGGAACGUCGAGCUUCCCGAGGAGGCCUCGGCCGUGCUGCAGAGAACAGAUGAGAAGUAUGGCACCUUUAGCACGUCCGACGUGCCAUCACCGUAUUCUCACGUGACGAUGUCGCCCUCACCGCCGCAGCAGCAGCCUGUUUCGCCGGGGACAGAAGCACGGAAGUACGGGGACCAGUAUACCCCUCUGAACCAGUUCGCCCAACCGCACGCGGGCGACGCGGGCGCGACGCCGAGCCAGACAGACUUGCUCAUGGCAAGCGCUUCGGUGGGGGAGAUCAGCGGUACGAGGCCGCCGUCGUCGCGGCAGCUCCUCGGGGGCGGUGGCAGCGUGGGACAGAGUUCGCUCGGCGGGUGGGCGCAGGCGGGGCCGGCGCAGUCGAUCCCAACGUAUCAACAGCAGCAACGAUACAACGCAAUGAGCGGAACCCCGCAAAACAACCUCACGCCGUCAGGAAGCAGCCGCUCCGGCGUGUCGAACGGACGGCAUAUCGCACCCGUCCAGGUCUUCCAGGGACUCGACCAGGACUGGUUCCUCAACGACGGCGCAAAGUGGCACCAAAACUUUGAAGCGUGGAACAUGGCCACGUCCGUUUGUGGGCCCGGGUCGGUAAUGCGGACGGGCGCCGGGGACCAGGUAUUUAUGUUUUCCGGCGGCGGUGGCGGGGCGGGAAGCGGUGGCCAGGGGAUAUCGCAGGCGCAAAGGCAGUCGUCCGAGGAUCAACUGAGUCCCAGCUUCGAGGGGCUGAGCUCGUUGAACACCAACGGUUGGCUUCCGGGUCUGGAUUGA